AUGCCGCAGGGCCACAUGGUGCUGAAGCCGGGGACGGGGGGCAAGUACCACCAGCCCGGCAAGUCGGAGGCCUUGAAGCCGGGGAAGAUGCUGGGCAGCCUGCUCAACAUGGUGCCGGAGCUGAAGGCCUUUGCCUCGCUGGACCUCCGUGUGGCGUUCAACAUGGACAGCAGCAACGUGGGGCCCAAGCAGUGGGUGCAGCUGGCGCGCAUCCUGGAUGCCAACCGAGACGAUUACGACGCUUUUCUGAUAGCGCACGGCACCGACACGCUGUCGUACACGGCUUCGGCGCUGAGCCUGAUGCUGGCUGGAUUCAAGAAGCCCAUUGUGGUGACGGGGUCGCAGCUGCCGCUGGCGCUGCCACGCUCGGACGCGCGGCAGAACCUGCUGGACUCGCUGUGCUGCGCGACGGCCGCCUUCAGCCCGCCCCACGUCCACCUGCAAGAGGUGGCGCUGUGCUUCGGCGGCCGCCUCAUGCGCGGCAACCGCUCGCAGAAGACCAACAGCUCCGCCUACCAGGCCUUUGACUCCCCCAACUACCCCUACCUGGCGCAAAUGGGGGUGGAUGUCAGCUGGAACUCGCGCGCGCUGCUCAACGUGGACACCGUGUACCGCCCCCGCUUCAAUCUGGACCCACGAGUCAUCAGGGUGCCCAUCAUCCCCGGCAGCGACCCGCGUGUCAUGUAUGGCGACGUGGCGGCGCGGGGGGUGAAGGGCAUGGUGCUGGAGGCCUUUGGCGUGGGAAACAUGCCCGACCGUGCGGAGACGGGGUGGCUGCCGUGGCUGCGGGAGCAGCGCAAGAAGGGCAUGCUGGUGUACCUGGGCAGCCAGUGCGCCGUGGGACCGCUGCACCCGGAGCUGUACAAGUCGGGUUCCGCCGCCCUCAAGCUGGGCGUCGAGUCUGGGCCGCAGAUGACGCCAGAGUGCGCUGUGGUCAAGCUCAUGCUGUGCCUGGCGUACCGUGACCUGCCGCUGGGGAUGCCGUUGGCUGGGGAGCUGUGA